AUGGAAGCACCUGCCUUCCCAAGAACUGGAGUCCAGACGACCCGGGCAGCCCCCGGGAGCGAGGCCUGCAUUGCUUUACCCCUACCUAUAGGAACACCACCCUUCACAUACGAAUGGAGUCGUGCGGGAGCGACAUUGGAUGGCCGCUUCAGGACUUCAGUGGAUGCCGGUGGAGUGCGACUCACGGUCUCUUCAGCCCAAAUUGACGAUAGUGGCGUCUAUACCCUACAAGCAAGCAAUGCUGCCGGAAAGGACACGACUCGAGUUUCAUUGGAGGUCUCUCCGGAUGAGACACCUACAGGGGACGACCCUCCCACUUUCCUACGGCGACUUCAGGACCUCACUGUAAAGGUCGGGACCAGGACUAGGUUCCUUGUGGAAAUCUUAAGCUCCACUGAGUGCAGGGUGACAUGGUAUCGUAAUGAGCGUCGACUUCUGGAAGCGGAGAGGAUUGCUCUGGUACGCGACGGCAACUUCUGGUGCGCAGAUGUUGCGACAGUCACCGUAGACGAUGCUGGAAGGUGGACCUGCACUGCUGAAAACCUAGGAGGAAGAGCCAGCUGCUCUGCACAUCUCAAUGUAUUAGUGCCCAAGGCGUACAAACGUCCGGAGUUUGUAGAAGAACUACGCGCCAUACUCACAGAACAGGGAACAGUGUCGCUGGAGUGUAAAGUUAUUGGAGUGCCCACUCCUGUACUGAGGUGGUUUAAGGACAGUAGAGAAAUAAAAGCCGGUGACGUGUUUGCACUAACAGCCAAUGCCGAUGACCCUACCUCCCUUGGUACUUACACCUGCGAGGCAAUCAAUUGUAUGGGGAGGGCCUAUUCCUCAUCGAAGGUACAUGUCAUUGGACGCGCCAAGGAAGGAUCAGAUAAGUCAAGUUUUGGCGGCCUCACACCGGAUCCUCCGCCAAUAUUCACCAAGGAGCUUGAAGAUCAGUUUGUAAGAAUUUGCGAUCAUCUUUCACUGGGAUGUCAGAUAGUGGUGCCACCCUGGCCUCGUAGCGUUGUUUGGUACAAUAAGGAAGGAAAGAUUGAUUCUAGUACAAAAUACCACAUAAUUGAGGAUGGCGUUGGAGGUUAUAUGAUAGAAGUUUCGGCUUCUGAGUGGGCUGACGAAGGAGAGUGGAAAUGCGUAGCAACCAGCGCUGGUGGCAGGGUUGGUAUUUCAACCUGCAGUGUCACAAUGGAUGUGCCUAAGAAUUAUAGAAAGCCACGCUUCAUGGAGAACCUACAGGCUAUCCUUACUGAAGAGGGUCUAGUCUCUUUCGAAUGUAAAGUUGUCGGCUUCCCUACUCCAAUACUCAGCUGGUUUAAAGAUGGUCAAGAGCUGAAACCUGGAGAUGUUUAUCAACUCACGGGAACAAAUUCGCUCGGCUCAUAUUGCUGUAUCGCACGAAACUGCAUGGGCCAAGCUAGCAGUUCAGCAGAGCUCACCGUUGAAGAUAUCCAGAACCAACUGAACGAAGAGGAAAAGCUACAGUUGUUCUCCAAAAACCAAGCACCUAAGUUUUUGCAAGGACUUAAGAGUGUCGAAGUAAAAAUUGAUGAGCCAUUCCGCUUUACAAUCAAAGUUGUCAUUCCGCCUGAACCUACAGUAUUAUGGUAUCGAGAUGAUCAACCUAUGGAUGAGUCUCCUCGAUGUCACCUCGGAAAGGAAGACCGAGGUGUAUUUUUUUUAGAUAUAAAAAAUUUAGAACUUAUGGACCAAACUGAGUGGAAAUGUGUAGCGAUGAAUGACUAUGGUCACAGUGUUACGUCGUGUUUCUUAAAAUUAAUUAUUCCGCGACAUUAUAAAAAACCAAGAUUUUUGGAAAACCUUCAAGCCAUUCUUUCAGAUGAAGGUGCUGUUAAUCUUGAAUGUAAAGUAAUUGGCGUACCACAACCUGUAUUGAAAUGGUAUAAAGAUGGAGAAGAAUUGAAACCAGGUGAUAUUCAUAGAAUAAUAUCAGGUCAAGAUGGAACGUGUUGCCUUGGAACUUAUACAUGUGAGGCGCAAAAUUGUAUGGGCAUUGCUGCCAGUUCAGCUUCUCUCCUAGGCUUUGAAGAUACAGUCAAAGCUAAAAAAAAGAGAGCUGAUGACCAAAUAUUACAGCGCAAUUUGUCAUUAAGCACUAUCCAUGAAGAGAGAACUUCACAAAUGUAUGACACACCUGUGGCUGAUGUAACUUUAGAUGAAAAAGGAGAAAUAUCAUUUUCUUUUGAUGGAAAAGAAGUUUCAGUAUCACUUUAUGAAACACCUGAUUUAACAGAAGAAGAAGCACUGCAAAUAGUAGAAAUGUACGCUGAUCAGUUAUCGGAAAAUGUCACAGAACAUAAUGUUAUAGAACUGCCUCCUUUAAGAUUUGUUAAAGAAACAUCUACAUCUGGUAAUCUUCUGAUGGAAGCUAUUAUUAUAGAUGUUUCACCAGACUAUUUUGUACCGCCUGAAGAAGAUUUAAGAACUGAGGCCGAUAUUGAAGAUAUUUCAAUAGCAGAAGAAAAUGGACAACAGCAAUUAUCUUUUGAUCAAGAAGUUGCAGAAGAAUAUAUUGAUAAAACAAUGGCUUUACUGUCUGAUGAAAAAUCUGACAUAGUCUUAAAACCAGUUCGGCGAAAAUCUGAUUCACACAAAAGUGGCGAAGAUUACUUUAGCUUAUCAAGAGAUCAGUCGAUCUCUGAAGAAAAAAAAGACGAUGACACGCAAAUCUUAUCUGAAAGUAUUUCUUUUGCCAGCGCACAUAGCACCGGGAAACAAAAGUCAAAACCGUCUCAAGAAGAUGACGUAGGCACCCAGGAAUCGUCAGAUAUUACCAAAACGGUAUUCUUAAGAGAAGAGCUUCGGACUAGUUUAGAUAUAGAAAAUAAAAGUAGUAAACUAGUAGGUAGCGCUAAACGCGAUUCCUUAAAAUCAAUAUCUAGUUUUAAACAAGAGGAAGUUGACUUCACUAACUUAAAUGAGAAUAUGAUUUGUAUUAGCUUAUCUUUAUCUAAAAUUCUGAAUAAUGUUGAAAUGUUGGAAAGAGAUAUUAUUUUACAGUCUCAGUUGAUGCCUACUGCUGCAAUAGCUUCAAAAAGCCUAGAAAUUAUUAACAGUAUUAUUAGUCCUUUAACUGAAAUACAUAGCAUUACUGACGUUUUUAAAGAAUCAAUGAAUGAAACAUCCGAUGCUAAACCUAUAUUACUUACUAAGCUUCCACAGUGCUUGAAAGAUCUUCAAAACUCUUUGGCAAUGGUUGAAAAAUGUGUUGAUGUGGGAAGUGAUAAAACUCUUAUUAAUAACACUUGCAUUUCUAUACUAAAUAAUUGUGAAGAAGAUAUGACUAAAUUCGUAGAAAAAAUUAGAGAAAUUCCAGAAAAGUAUCCAUACCUGAUUGAUGAAACGGCUUCAACAGAGAUAAAACUGUUAUCCAACGAUAUUCUUAAUAUAAUUAACAUUGCCAAAUCUACGGUCAAUAAUAAAUCUAAACUUAAUCAAGAAACUCAUAAACAAGAAAUAUCAAUUGAUAAGCAACAUUUGAAUAAUACCCAAAAAGCAAUAUAUCACUUAAAGGUUCCGCUUAAUUCUCUCUGGGACAUUAUUGAAAAUGCUUUGAAAAAAAGUCUGUUAAGCUACAAUGAAACUAAUAAUGCUGAGGCAAUUCUAUUUAAUAUGUCAUCAUCUAUACAAGACUUACAGACAGCGUUAGAGCAGAUCGAGUUUCUAUCAGUUGAGGAAUCAAAUUCGUCUUUGCCAAAAUAUAAUACUACAACAAUAGAAACCGUUAUAAGUUCGGUUUUGAAAUUGAGAAACUCCUUUGAGAGCCUUUCUUUUGAAAAAGAAAAAAAAUAUGACAAAGAACAACUGGGAAGUGUGUUACAAGUUAUAAAAGUUGACUUGGAGGAUAUUUCUUUUCGUAUUAACGAUAUAGAAAAGACUAUUGGUUCAUUUGAUGUUUUAUAUGGAGACAAUAAAUUAGAAAUCCUACAAAGAAUGGCACACGUAUUAAUAGCUUUAGAAAAUUCUUUGCCAGUCUUAAACUCAUUGCCAAAUGUUCAAACAACUUUAUCAGCAUUUCAUAAAAAUCUAACUAAAGCAUUAGAAAAUGCUAUAGAAAGUAAUGAAAGCGCUAAAUACUCUGCACUUUUGCAUAUAUGUGACGUAGUAAGUAGAAUAAACGUCUCAAUCAAAGGUUUUGAAUCAAGCAAGUUUAUAUCUUUAACAAGCAUACUAAACAACUUUAACAUUAUUGAGGAAAAUCUUAAAAGCCUUAGUAUUGAUCAAGGUAUACGUGAAGAUAUAUUAAAAAACGUUUACCAAUGCUAUGUUGAUAUUCAAAAUGUUAUAACAACUUAUGCGGAGGAUAUGAGUAUUAAAAUGGAUUCAGAACCAGUUGAAGAUAUAUCAACGGAUCAAUUUUACACUGAAUCAAAAGCCAACUUAGUAGUUCAACAUAUCGAUCAAGUAAUAGCUGCAAUUAACAAUGUUUCUGCAGAAGAGGUGACUCCAAGCCUCUGUUGUAUUUUACCAAUUUUGCAAAAUACUUGUCCGGUUUUAGAAGAACUUAAAUGUAGUAUAGCAUCUCUAGAAGAAAACAUACAAGAAAAUUCUCAUGUAUCUGAAAUUAUAUCACAAAGUUUAUUAGCACAAUCUAUUGAAACCCCGUUGCAAUCAAUUCAAGAAAAUAUUACAGUUCUAAAUCAAGUACUUCUCGAUACAGUAGGAGAGACAAAUUCUAAAGACGAUGCAAUAGGUGUAUUUGCAAAACCUCUUUAUGAAUUGUAUACGACUUUACAAACAUUACAAGAAAAUGUUCUUUCAGAAUAUGAAAGUUUCUCACUUAGUGAAAAUAGUGCCAAAAUUGCAACCUCGACGGAAGUUCUUCGAAAUUGCAUUUUGAUAGUAGAAGAAAAAUGUUUUAUUGAAGGAUUGGAUGAAAUGUCCACUUUACAAGACAUAUCGUGUUUAAAAACAACAGCAGAUCCUAUUUCUGGAAGCAAUUUAAUAUUACCUGUCAUUCAAGAAACACAUUUGGAAGCUCCUAUUUUUUAUACUUUAAAAAGUCGACCAGAAAUUGCACAUGAAUUUCAAUUACUACAUGAUGACAUACUAGAGAUACAAAAAUUAGAUAUUCUUGAGGCGUUAAAUGCUUUGUCUGAAGUUAAAGAAUACGCUAAUUUAAAAUCAGUUACGGAAACAAUAGAAGAAAUACAGCAUAAAAUUGUCAGCAUCCUAUCCCCAUUAGUUAUGGAAUCAUUGAGUUCUGUCUCUAAUUUAGAUUUAGCUAGCAAUAAUUUAACAAACAUUUCCGAAUCUUUAUUUAAAUUAAAAAACCAUUUAACUGUUAUUGAUCUUGAUAACAUUCCAAUUUACGAAGACGUUUUAAUGAUACCAUCUAAUAAAAUACAUUAUAUAGUUAAAAAUAUAUCCAAUUUAAAAGAGCAUUUAGACAAAUGUAUUUUGUCAGUACAACGCCAUACAAACUUAUUAGAUUCAGAGGAAAUUAAAGACUUAUAUUAUGUGUGUAAUGAUUUUCUAUCCUGCUCGAAAACAACUGUACAGAAAUGUCCUUCGCAAAAUGAAAAUAUGUAUAACUUAGUAAGCUCUGUAGAGAACUUUUUACAAGUUAUCAGAACCACUCCAGAUUUGAAUGCUGAAGAAGUCAAAAGCGUUUUCAACGACCUUUAUAAAAGUAUAAUGAACAUGGAAGAUACGUUAUUUGAGUAUGUAAGUCCUACGGAAAUUACUGUUACAAAAGAAAAUCCGCUGGAGACAAAAAUUCAUAAACUGGCAAAUAAUAUAGCGGCUUUGGAGCACUACAAUGCUGAUCUAUCUGGUGCAUCAAACACGGACUUUCCUCAGUCUGCGUCUCUGACAUCUAUAGAAACUGAGUACCUUAAUAAUAUGGAAAGUGUGCUUGUACAUAAUGCCAUAAUUAUGCAGAAUUUAACAAAUGAAAGCCAAAUAACAGAGUUACAGAAUAAAGAUAUAAUUUUUAUUCGAAAUUUCAUGGAAAAGUUGAAAAACAGUUUUUCUAUAAUACGUGUGCUAUUAACGCAACGACCAAGUCAUAAAAGAGUUAUACGACUUUUUCAAGAAUAUUUUACACUCCAAAUAAAUAUUUAUAAAUUUAAAAACGAAAAGUCUACACACCCACAUCCAGAGGAUUUCACGUAUUUAGAAGACUUUUUUAAUCAAGCUGAAGGUAGCUUAGACAGUAUUAAACUAUCCUUAAUAAAACUUUGUAGUUCCAUUUCAAAAACAUUAUUCAGAGAACCAUUAACCAAAAUUAUUGAUUCUAUUGCUAACUUUCCAAAUUACUUGCAAUUGGACAGUAUAAUAGAUUUACAUGAUUUGAUUCAGAACUUUCUUAUAAUUGUUAAUAUAGCAUCACCACAUUUAGAAAGUUUGGAACAAAAUGUUGUUCAAGAACUGGAAACAUGCAUAUUUAUAAAUUCUGAUGCAGAAAAUAAAUUGAUAACAGACAGUUUAGACAAUUUUUUGUCGCUUCUUGAACGUGAAAUGGGUGAUAAUCCAGAUAAUGAAAAGGAAAAACUUUUAAAAGAAAUGAUAAAAUGUUUUAGAAACCAUCAAGAUUAUAAAAAAGCAGUAGGUACAGGAAAAAGAAUGAUUAUCCUCAAGUUCUUAGCUGAUUGUUCGGACAUACUACGAAACCAUUUCCGAACAUUUGAUACAGAAAUAAAACUACUUGAGUCAACAAACCAUUUUCCAUUACAAAAUUCACUUACCAAAUUUAUUCAACAACUCAAGUCAUUACAUUUGCAAAUAAAUAAAAUGCAAGAAAAUGUAUGUAUGUAUCCAAAAGACGUAGUGCCUGAUUUAAUGAUAAAAAAUAUUGCAUCUUUAAAACAAUUUUGUGAAAAACAUCUGAAUGUUUUCAGUCAAUCUUCUUUAUGUGAAGAUGACUUUUGUCUCAUUAAUGAUAUUAUUCAUGAAAUUCACUUAAUUCAAGAUAAUAUAAAUAGUUUACAAAACGACCUUAAAAUUUUAGAAGAUUUAAAAAACAUGGAAGACUUCUUUAAAAAAAUGUUGUCUUCUGAUGAAGUAACCAAAGAUCACAAAUUAUCGAAGGCUGAAACAAAAAGUAUUUUACAACAUGUUGAACAGUAUAUAGAAGUAACUGAAAUUAUAGAAGAAAUAUCAGCGAUAAUCAAUCUAGGUAACGUCAAGAAAACGAAAGAAAUUGCACAAGAAUUACGUGAAAGCCUUGCAGCUGAUAAUGCACAGUCUAUGGAUGCAGCUGAAGAACUGAAAUACUGCACUGUUUCGGAAAAUCAAGAAAACUUGGCUCAACGUCUACAAAUAUCAUUGUCAAAUAUUCGAGAAAGUGAACUAUUAUCUUGCGACACACAUAUAAGAAAACACAUACUCGAUGUCAUUACUAAGUUACAAGACGACUUAAAUACUAUCGCUACCACAGAAACAUUAGCUGGAUGUGCAAGCAUAAAUAAAAUAUCGCAAGAUCCAGGGAUUGAAAUAUGUGAGAAAUCCUGUCAUAAUAUAGGUUUACUCUCAAUUAGUAUUGAUCAAGAAUGCACUGCUCAAGACCCGUCUAUUAAAAAGCACAAUGAGAAAACAAACACUAUUCCAGUCAUACAUCAAAUUGAAGAUACUAUAUCGAGUAUCAGUGGUAUUAUUUCAGAAGAAAUUUCAAUUGACGCUAAAAACAUUUACCCAGCCUUGGAAAAUAUUUGUCCUAUAUUAGAAGAACUUAAGCUAAAUGUUGCAACGUUGCAGGAAAACAUAGAAAGAACCGAAUCACCUAUAUCUGAUAUUUCAGAUAGUCCAGUUCAAAAAGCCUUUAGUAAACCGUUGCGUGAUUUAGAAGAAAACAUUAUUGUUUUGAAUCACUUAAUACUCGAGUCCUUAAAAGGCACUACAGAAAACGAAAAUCUACGUAUGUUAGGAGUUCUUGCAAAACCACUUCAUGAAUUACAUAUUACAUAUCAAAUUUUGCAAGAAAAUGUCAUAUCACAGUACGAGAGUUUGUCAUGUUUACAACCAAACAUUAACUUUGCAGCAACAGAGCAAAUCCUACAUAGCUGUGUUUUGUUAGUACAAGAACCAUAUGAAGUAGAAAUUGCUGACGAAAUGUCUACUUUAGAAGAUAUAUCUUGUAUAAAAACUAACGCUGAUUCAAUAUCUUCGGAUGUACUAGCUGUUGCUCAAGAUAUGCAAGUUACAUCAGAAGAAUAUUACACAAGCCAUAAGCAAAAUGAAUCUGAAUUUAAUAAAUUACCCACUCAACAAGAACAGACACAAACUAUAAUUAAAGAAAAUAUUUCUGUUUCUAUUGAACAACCACUUAAACUGGAACACGCAAUUUCGCAAGAAACAAUAGUUUCUAUUGACGAAGAUAAUAAUGCUUUAAAAAAAAAUCAAGUAUCAAGAGAAGAAUUAAUAAGAAAUGACGACGAUCAACUCAAAUUUGAACGGGCUAUUGAACCAGACACAAUUGAUAAAGAUAUUAACACGACGGAGACAAAUUUGACAGAAAUAAUUAAAGAAUAUGUUGAACCUAAUAACAGUGAUCAAAUAAUCCAAGCUCCAACGCAAGAGUGCCAUGAUGAUCAACUCAAAACUGAACGGGCUAUUGAUGAAGAUAUUAAAAAGACGGAGACAAAAUUGACAGAAAUAAUUAAAGAAUGUGUUAAACCUAAAAACGAUAGUGAUCAGAAAAUCGAAGUUACAAUGCAAGAGUACAUUGAGACAACUGAAGAAAAUAUAUCUGUACCGAUUGAUCAACCUUUUGUGCUUGCACAAGACACACAAGCUACACUGGAAGAAUCGAUCGACACUGGUAAAACCAAUAUUUCUUCAUCAUAUGAUGAUCAACUCAAAUCUGAAAGGGCUAUUGAACCAGACACAAUUGAUGAAGAUAUUAAAAAAACGGAGACAAAUCUGACAGAAAUAAUUAAAGAAUGUGUUAAACCUAAAAAAGAAGCGGCUAAGGUGAUUGAAAUUCCAAUAAACGAGAAUAUUGAACUAGGUAAUGCUUAUGAAAUACAAGCAACAUUAGAGCAAACUGUAGAAACUACUGAGGAAAAUAUUUCUAGCCCCAUUACACCUGAAGUGGAUCAGGAAAGACGCAUUACAGUCGAAGAAAAUUUAAAACAAAACGAUAAACUUAUUUCGGAACUCACUGAUGAACCUUAUGUAGCUGAAAACCCCAUUACUCAAAAAUCACAUGCGCCUGAUGACUGUAAAGAUCGAAUUACAAAUGUGGAGUACAUGAACCAAAAAUGUACAGAUAUGAAUUAUAAUUUAAAAUAUAAUAGUAUUAUACAAACAAUGGAGGCUUUGUUAAAUGAGUUACAUGAAAUUCUAAUGUCUAGUGAUGCUACUAAUGUUGAAAAGACAGAUUAUUUACAAAAUAUGUUGGAUGAGUUUCAAGUCCAAAUAAUAAAACUGAAAAGCAUGAAUAUAAAAGAUGCAAGCGACAUUCUCAAUGAAACAAUAGACGAUUUAGAAUGCAGCGUGAGAAGUGUUCAACUUCUGAUUAACGAAAGUAGUCCUACCGAUCAUGUUAUAGAAGCAAGUGCUACAAUAGAAUUAUUAGUUAAUAGUAUAAAGGAAGAUUUAAGCAAAAUGCAUUUUCAGGAUACUAUGCUGGGAAAACCUGAUAUAUUGGAAGAGUGCGUAGGUGAUACCGAAACAACCUUAUUAUUGUUAGAUGCAGUUUCAGAGACAAUCACAAACCAUGAUAAUAUUUUAAAAAUAAUUAAUGAUCUUAACACUGUAAAAGAUUCAAUGAAAACUAUAAAACUAAGCUUUUCUAUAGAUGAAGAAACUGUUAUAGAAAAGGGGAUUGAAAUUCUGGAAAGCUUAGAUAUUAUUGAACACCAGUUAUUUACUAUUGAAGACGUUAUAGAGAAGAUGCCAACAGUGGACUUACUUACUCGUGACACCAUUAUAACUGCAGUACAUUCUGUUUACACUAAUAUUUCUAAUAUCAGAGGGACUAUUUCAAACAUUAAAAAGUCUUAUAUUUAUCAAAAUUACGGUAAACCGUCUGAAAACUUACUUAAAGCAAUUAAAAACAUAAAUUACAUUAAAAAUAUCGAUAACAAUCAUAAUUGGAUAUCAGUAACCAAACAUUUUCGAAAUAUAUUAAAUCACUUUGAAGAAAUCAAAUUUUAUAUUAAUCUUGAUAAAACUGCCAGGCAACCAAGUGAUGCAUCACUCACAAAAGUAGUACUAAACGAAUUGAAAUUGCUUUUAUCCAAUGAUGUGCUAAAUAAUACAAAAGAGUUUCAGUCACUUUUAGGAAAUAGUGUUGAUACGGUUAUAGAAUUUAUUGUAGAAUGUAUACAUAAAAUAGAUAGGGCCCCUGUUUUAGAAGUACGAGAAAAGAUUCCAAUUUUCAAAGAGUUGACAGGAAGGUUAAUAGACUUGUCAAAUGAAAUACUGGAUAUAUAUAAACAUGUAAAUACUAUAAACGUUGACACAAAUGUAAAAGAACCUCAAACUAAUGAGAUUUCUUCUUCAGAAUCACAAUAUGAAUUAGAUAAAACAAUUAUUUUAGAAUCUCCUAACCUUGAUUGUAUGGAGGUAACCGUUGUACAGCCAAUAAGCGCACUAAACAAUCUUGUAUCUCAUAUAAUAACUGAAUCUUCUUUCUCUAAAGACGAUACUCCUCCUGAUAUAGAAAUGCAAACUGUUAAAUAUAAUAAUAUAGAAAAGCAAUUAAUUAAAGAUGGUGUUCAACCAAUAAUUGAACAGUUGAUAGAAGAAGCCAUUAAUAAAGUAACAUUAUUAAGCAUACAAAAUGGCAAUAUCCAAGAAUUUGGAAAUAAAGACGAUCUUCAAAUGUUACAAGAGCCACAUGACCAUACUUCCAAAAUACUACUAGACGCAAAGACAAUUGAACUAAAAAGUAAAACAACUACAUUUGAAUCAAUGAUAGCCAUCGAUAACAAACAAAAUGUGGCUAAGGAUUCUCAAAUUGAUCAGCAAAUUAAAAAUAUAUUAAGCUGUGAAGAAGAAAAUAUAAUGUUGCACGUAAAUAUUGGAUCUCAGACAGAAAUUGACAGGUUAGACCAAGACCUUAGUGAACAAAAAGUAAAGAAAUCAGAUGAUAACCUAGGAGACGAUGAACAGACAUCAUCAUUAAAAGAUCUAUCAAAAAAAGAUUUUUGCAUUAAUAAUAAGCUUGGAAAUGAUAUUUCUGAAGAAGAUAUUAAAAGAGACUCUAGAAGUCAAAAUAUUAAAUUAAAAUGCCUAGAUGAAAAUAAACUAAAUAAAAAUAAACAGGAAAUAACAUCUUCGAAUAUGUUUAAUGUAUCUUUAGAAAGAAACGAAGAUUUAAAGAAAGAUGUAGAUAAUCAAACUAACAAACAACAUGAAGCUUCAAAAGAAACCAUUGAUGAAAAUUGUAAAAAUAUACAAGAAAAGUCAUUAAUUUUAAAAAGAAGUGAAAACAAAGAAAUGAAUACUUUAGAUACUCAAAUACAGGACAGUUUAAUAGGAACUAGUACAACCAAAAAACAGGAUAGUGAAAUAAAAAGCAUUACAGAUGAAGAUUCAAGUCUACCAGAUGUACUUGAUGAAAAACUCGAAGUCGUUGAAAAAAUGAAGUCAGAAAUGGAAUCUAAGGAUCAUCAAAACGACACUGACAUAACUAGAUCUUCAGCUGAAAUAUCUAGACAGGAAUUAGGAAUAUCUGAUAUUGGAAUUGAAAAAGUUCUCAAUUUGGAUGUAACUACUGAAGAAAACAAUAAAAUCUUAGAUAACCAAUCUUUACAAGAUAAGGAUAUAUUACAACCUCAACUAAACAAAGAUGAUGAUCAAAAUGAAAUUGAAGAUAACUCCAAUACUUUAAAUAAAGUAUCGAAGUCACUACUUAAUCAAACUCACCUUAACUUUGAUGAGAAUUCAGUUAUUGAAGAAGGAAGACGGAAAUUUCCAACAAAAGAAACUCUUAAUGAAGGUAAUACAAAAGAACAACAAAAAGAUAUAAAAACGCGGCCAUUUAAGUUAAAUCUUCAACAGCAGCAACUUAUGACAGUGGAAAAUUUUAAUCUAAAUUACGAUAAAGCUGAAAUUACGAGUAAUGUUGAAUUACAAGCUACUGUAAGUGAGCAAAACAUAACAGACUUACAAAAAAUUUUCAAAAAUGUAACAUUGUCAAAUAAUUUGGUCGAUAAAAAUGAUUUACUUGUUAUUCAAGAUCAGAAUACAUCGAAUGAACAUGUGCAAUCAAUAGAUAUAGAAGUUGACAACUCAACUUUUAUUUCUGGAGAUAAGCAAGAAAGUAUUUUGGAAAUUAAUAUUAUAUCACAAAAUGAUACAAACAACCUGCUAAGUCCUGAAGAAAUUAAAAUCUGUCCAAGUAUUCAAGAAUCCUACGUGAAAGAAAUUAUUUUUGAAACAUCUGAAUUGAAAGAAAAAAUAUCAAGUUUAGUACCAGAACAAAAUCAACAGAACAAAGGCUCUAGAAAACAUGAUGAAGAUACUGCACAGCACGCUACCUACAAUGAACCAACAGAUGCCAACACUACAGCAACUAAAAAUACAAGCUUAUCUGCUAAAUCUGGUACGACUAUAGAUAAGAAUAGCCAAGAAAGCUUGGCGGCAUCAUCCGAUACAAAAGAAUGGAACUUAGAUAGAGAAAUAGAAAAUAAUGUCAAUGAAGAAGAAUCUAUUUGCCAAUUUUCACAAUCACGAGAAACAAUUGAACCAUCUUCACUAAGAGCAAAUACUCAAAGUGAUACACGAGACGAAAUUUGUACGGUUAAAAAGAAAAAAAGAACGCAAUCUAAAUUAAAAACUAAUGGAUUGUCAAAAAAACUUACUACUAAAGAAGAUGAUAUUGAAAAAGACAAAAGUAACGACAUACAAGUGUAUGAACGAACUAAAAUAAUUAUUGAUGAUGAUGCUCGCCUAAAAAAACAAGAUGAUUCAGAUACCCUAUAUGGGGUGACGGUAUCAAGAACUCUAUCAACUUUGAACGCGGAAAUACUAGACAACAAAAAUGUAAAAACUGAAAUGAAUCAACCACAAAGUAUUGAUAUAAAUACUGAGAAUCAAACGACUAUGUCAAAAGAUGUAAAAACGACACCAUAUACAGUAAAGGAAAAACCUCAAUUUAUUGAUCCAAACUUUGUAGAUGCAAGUAUGGGAUUCUUGCGGCCACCUACAUACAUUUCAAAACCGUUUGAGGCAGAAAAUUUCUUAACACCAGAAUUAAAUACUUACACGUCUUCAUCAAACGUAUUUUACAAGGCACAAAGCCUUAUCCGGGAUCACCAAAGUAAAUCAAUGUAUACAGGAGACCGUGAAAAACAAUUGGAAACACAACUAAGCACUAAGGCUACUAAUGAAUCUAGAAGUAUUUAUUCUGAAAAGAGAGCGAGUUCUACACGCGAUCUCAAAAGAAAACCAGUCUUUACUACUCAUUUAACAAACAGGACUGCAGUAGAAGGUUCUAGAGUAAAACUCACUUGCAGUGUUUUAUCUUCAACAGAACCUGUGCUUAAAUGGUAUAAAAACGGUGUAUUGUUGGAAGACAAACAUAAAUACAAAAUCAAAUUUAUUGACGGCUUAAUAACAAUGGAAUUAUUAAACGCAUUACCAAGCGACUCUGGCGAUUACAGUUGUACUGUAGACAAUGAACACGGUUCUAUAACAACUUCGGCAAAAUUAAAAGUUUAUCCCAGCUUUGAAGCUUCACCAAUACCGCCAACCUUUACGAGGUCAAUACGAGAUGUUUAUCACAGAGCUGAAAAUGAACUUAUCUUGGAAUGCCGAAUACGAGGACAGCCCAUACCCAUAAUUUCUUGGUUUAAGGACAAUAAGCCUAUCGCUACUGACGACCGCUAUGAAGCCUCUUAUUUAGCUGAUGGUCUCUGCAGGCUCACUAUAAAUUCUCCAAGCAAAGAGGAUAGUGGAACCUAUACUUGCAAAGCCGAAAGUGCGGUUUGGUCAGAUCAAAUUACACAUGUGGUCAAUUUUGCAGAUGCUACUCGACUUGAUUCACAUAUCUCGAGCGUAGAAAGAUUACGCCUUAGGCACGACACUCGGCGACCACAUUUCACUAAUGUUUUAAGUGACUACAAAGUAAUAAAGGGUGGUACUAUAGGGUUACAAGUGGAAAUCGGUGGGGCACCGACAAAAGUAGAGUGGUUACGGGAAGGGUCUCCUGUGACAGAAUUAGACAAGAAUGCGCAGACAUUCGUAGAUCAUGGUAUAUAUACCCUGGCUUUGAAUGAUGUGUCGGAAAGGCAUUCCGGAUUAUACACAUGCAGAGCGUGGAGUAUGCACGGAAAUGUGGACAUGAAUGCUGAGAUAAGUGUGGUUCAACCGAACGAGGUUGAUGGUAGACCAGCAGUAAUUGUAAGUCGACCCACGAAGGAUGUUCUCAUAUCUGUAGGGGAAGACAUAAACAUAUCGUUUAGAGUUCAAGGGGAACCAAGACCAAAAGUUUUUUUCCUGAAAGGAAUCCGAGAUAUAACUAACAGCCAGCGUGUUUGCAAGAUGACAUCGGAUGAUUACGUGAAAUUCACAAUGAAAAGAUCUGUAAUAUCAGACGCAGGUACCUACUGUAUCCUGGCAAGAAAUGUCUACGGCUGUGAUAGAGCUUUUGUAACUGUUGCGGUACGACAACGUGCGUCAUCAGAUAAUCUCAUAUCUGACUGGACGUAUUCCGCGGAAGACCCGAUCAUUGCCACAGAAAGAAAAUAUAAAUCCGUGCCCGGACGUAUACCGGGCAAGCCAAGUGCAGUGGAUGGUGGAAACAACUGGGUCGCCCUGAGCUGGCCAAAGUCAGACCCUCAAGAAGCAGCUCCAGUCCUUGCGUACCGAGUAGACUCCUGGCUACUUGGAAAAGAGGGUGGUGCACGCUGGAUAGAAAUGGGAAUAACACCUCGAAAUACCUUUGAUGCAUUUAACUUAAAGCAGGGAGAAGAGUACCACUUCAGGGUAACACCAAGAAAUAGAUAUGGGUGGGGAGAACCAGUACAAACAUCGACUCCUAUCGCAGUUGGUAUCGCCGGCGACAGGCCGGAGUUCAUUGACAUUCUACCCGGUCUAUUAAAAGUCCUCGUUGGUGAAACAGCGAAUUUAAGUUGCAGCUUCAAAGGCAAACCGACCCCAGUGAUUGCAUGGAUGAAGAAUGGUAGAGAAAUAGAUGAGUCAGGCAAAGUCAGAAGUAGACAGAACGGAAACGUGUGUUCUUUAACGAUAAAAAAUGUGGAAAUAGAAGACGAGGGUCGGUACAGCUGUGAAGCGACGAACGUUCAUGGACGGGCAUCAACUUACGCAAGAAUGACUGUGAUCACUGAUAGACAAAUAUGGGAGGCUGAUGCGAAACUAAAGAGAGAAAGGUCUGCAGAUGCAACAGGUGAAUAUCCGCCUCAAUUCACAAUGCGGCUAAGAGAUCGCCGUGUUCAAGCCACGUAUCCUGUAAGACUGACAUUCCAAGUUAUAGGGAGUCCAACGCCGAACGUGACUUGGUUUAAGGAUGGUCAAGAAAUCACUUUUGACAGUCGAAAAACAUCAUACAAAGACGAACACUUUCACACACUGGAGAUAGCUCCGACCACGCUUGAUGAUGGUGGAUUAUACGAAGCUUUGGCAAGAAACAAUAGUGGUGCAGUCAGCUGUAGAUGUAGCCUCGUAGUAGAUAAAGGCAUCAGGGCCUACGUUGCACCAGAAUUCUGCUGUGGCCUUGAACCCUUGUAUCGAAUAAAUGAAGGUGACGAGUUACGCAUAUCCGCAAUAGUUGAAGCAUAUCCUUCAGUAGGAGUAACUUGGUACAGAGAUGGAGUUCGUCUAAGACCAAGUAGAAGAGCCAUUAUGACUCUUGACAGGGACGGUCAAAUCGAAUUGGCUCUGGCCUCUGUGACGCCGAGGGACGCUGGUGUCUACACGUGCACGGCUUCAAAUGAGGUUGGACAGGCUUCCACCUCAGGGAAGGUAGAAAUUGUAACGGAUCAAAGAGAAGAAAGGAGAAAUGUACCGACCGUCAUUUGUCCGGAUAUUCCGUAUUCAAAGGAGCCAAUGUUUAUUAUGAAACCAAGGUCCACUGAGGCCCAAGAAGGCGAUACAGUUAUUAUUGAAUGUGAAGUGAUUGGAGAUCCCACACCUGAAGUAUAUUGGCUCAGGGACUUCUUGAAGCCCGACUAUUACCGAGACGCGAAACACUUCAAGCAAAUGGCAGCAGGUCCUCUGUACCGCUUCGAAAUUCCACACGCCAAAUUGGACUUCACCGGUGCUUACUCAGUUGUAGCGCGAAAUGUCCAUGGAGAGGCAAAGGCAAUCAUAUCCUUACAGAUAUUUGCUAAAGAUCUGAGUUCGAGUGAUGAAACACACAACAUUAGAUAUGGACGCGUAGAAGUUAUCCCGCGUUUUGAGAAGGAACUGACUGAUCUUCUCUGUUAUGACAGCGAUGCAAUCGAGUUUGAGUGCCUUAUUAGCGGACACCCGGAGCCGGAUAUCCGGUGGUUUCAUUACAACCAGCUUCUUCCUGAUUGUCCUGAUUUCGAAUCGACAUAUGACCUGGGCACAGCGCGUUUGAAGAUAAAGCAAGUUGCCGCUGAGGAUGAAGGCACCUACACCUGCGAAGCCUCCAACAACCUCGGAAAGGCUACAUCCACUGCUUGCUUGGUAGUCUAUCCACCCGGGGAACCGAAUACUAUAAGCCAGCGACUUCAACGUCCACCCGCGCUGGCUUCAGCUGCGUCAACGCCACGAUCUACCCCGCGCGUCACCCCAGCGCGUUCUGUCUCACGAACUCCAGCACUUUCAGGCCCCGAAAGUCAUCGCCUUCGCAGUCCAACCCGCGAGGUUGGUCCCAAGUUCUACACUUAUCCAUUCAACAAGGUGGUGGAAGAGGGGGAUAGCGUGGUUUUACAAUGUGCGGUUGGAGGAUUCCCCACGCCUUGGGCUACCUGGGACAAGGAUAGCAUUAUUAUCACUCCCACGUCUCGAAUCAGCGUAAAAGAGAAAGACGAAAUGUUACGGAUUCUGCAAAUCGAUGAAGUAAACAUCGACGAUGUCGGUCUCUACCGGAUCACGUUGGAGAAUGACUUUGGACGGGCAGAGGCAUCGGCAAGACUGGAAGUAAUCUCGCAUAAGGGAAAAUUUCAUUCAAGAUCUAGCAGUGUUUCUCCAGCCCGACUGUACAGACGGAGGACGCCGUCUUUUACAAGACAAGACUGA